AUGGGAGAGGGGUUAUCCGCUGCUCUAUCAGAGAAAAACGUGGAUUGGGUGCCACUACCCAUUCUAUCCAAUGCAUCUGCCACGGUGUUGCCCUCCCCCAGAGCGCAAGCUCUAGAAGCCGAGUUACAACAUUUAUAUAAAGAGAAUGAGGAGCUUAAACAUAUGAUUAGUGUGAUGAGCAAUAGUUGCGAUAUUCUUCAAGAUCAGUUGAAGAAGAGGACACAAGAGAUGUGCACCAUGACUGAGAGUUGCUCUAGCCAAGAUUCAAUCAAGAGACUGGCAAGGGAGGCUCUCAAAGUGAAAUCAUCGAAGGUCUUCAUAAGAACUGAUGAGACGGACACUAACUUAAUAGUGAAAGAUGGUUAUCAAUGGAGGAAAUAUGGACAGAAGAUCACUAAAGAUAAUCCAAUGCCACGGGCUUAUUUUAGGUGUUCUACAACUCUAGAUUGUCCUGUCAAGAAGAAGGUGCAAAGAUGUGUGGAUGCUAAAUCAAUUCUCGUGGCAACAUAUGAAGGGGAGCACACUCAUGCGCAUUUCAGUGGACCCGAAGGCUCGACUUCUUCACCACAUGACUUAGACCCUAGUUUAGCAUGUUAUGUCCCAGUUAAUCCAUUUCAACCAACCGUCACCCUUGAUCUUACCCUGUGUGCGACUGAUGAAAAGAUGAAUAGACCCACUCAAAAUUUCAAUAGCAACACCACCACCAACAACAACAACAGCAGCAAUGUGGCCGAGUAUGUGGCAUCUUUAACUAGAGAUCCCAACUUCGUUGCAACCUUAGCAGCUGCAAUUGCACGUUCCAUUGUAAACCCUCUUAUUCACCCAAGAGGUGAAAUUUAA